AUUCUUGGCCGUUGUCAGAAAUCUGAAGAGAUCUCUCUCUCGCUCUUCGUGUAAGUGUUGAUAUCCCGAAGGCCUCUCCUUCACGAAUCUAGUUUCUUGAUUCUGAUCAGAAUCAUCAUCAUCCCAAACUUCAUCUCAUGAUUAACAAUGUGAUACUUUCACAAUUCUCUCUCGAACUCACCUAGAAGGCUGUAAUCCAGACAGAUACAUACUUCACACACUCUCUCUUUCAUCAAAUCUACGAGAUUUCCACGGCAUUGUAAAAAAAACUUGCUACCACUGCUGUGGAAAUCAGUUUGUUCCUACUACAAGUAAACACAGGCUUGUUUCAGAGGCAUUUAUUUGGAAACCUUUUUUGGGACUCUCUCUUUUACCAGCAUAAAGACACUGUCUUAAACUCUAAUCAGGUGUCUCUAGAGAUGAAAACGGGACAUAUGAACAGGGGAAGACGCUAUACUUUCACUUUGAUGGCUCUUGCUAUCACCGCCAUUUUGAUUUGGUCAUGGGAUAAAAAUCCACUGAUCAACUCUUCUCUAUUUGUCCAAGAUCAGUUCAUUUUUUAUUCAUCAGGAUCAACAAAGGAGAAAUACAAUGUUACUGAGACAUCAUUAUCUUCCAGGAUGAAUAACCAAGCUUGCAACUAUGCAAAGGGAAGAUGGGUUGCUGACAACAGGCGACCGUUGUAUUCUGGACUCGGAUGCAAACAAUGGUUAUCAGAAAUGUGGUCUUGUAGAUUGACUCAACGUACAGAUUUUUCUUAUGAGGGGUACCGUUGGCAGCCUGAAAACUGCGAUAUGCCAGAAUUUAAAGGGUCUGAUUUCCUGAAAAGAAUGCAGGACAAAACACUUGCUUUCGUCGGAGAUUCCUUAGGGAGGCAACAAUUUCAAUCUCUAAUGUGUAUGAUCACAAGUGGCGAAGAAAGACUAGACGUCGUAGAUAUUGGGUGGAAAUACGGUCUAGUCAUACCAGCUGGAUCCCUCCGACCUAAUGGCUGGGCUUACCUCUUUCCUGAAACCAACACAACCAUUUUAUAUUACUGGUCCGCCACACUCUGCGGCGUAGAACCAAUAAACAUAACCGACCCAUCAACAGAAUUCGCCAUGCAUUUAGACCGUCCGUCCGGAUUCUUAACCCAAUUCAUACCCGAAAUCGAUGUUUUAGUCCUCAACACCGGACACCAUUGGAACCGAGGCAAACUUAGAGCUAACAAAUGGGUAAUGUAUGCAAACGGAGAACCUGUAACUCGAAAGCAUGCGGAUAUGGGUAGUGCAAAGAAUCAUUCAAUUUACAGUAUUGCCAGAUGGGUCGAUUCUCAAUUGGAUAUAUACCCGAAUUUAAAACCCUUCUUCAGGACUAUCUCACCUAGGCAUUUUUUUAACGGGGAAUGGAAUACAGGUGGCAGUUGUGAUAAUACCGAGCCUCUUGUUAGUGGAAGCGAGGUUACGCAAGAUGAAUCGAGUGAUGUGGUUAUUGGAGGCGCGGUUAAGGGAACAAGGGUUAAGAUUUUGGAUAUAACUGCUGUUUCUCAACUUAGAGAUGAAUGUCAUAUGUCGAAGUAUAGUAUUAAUGCUGCGGUUGGUGUACAUGAUUGUUUACAUUGGUGCUUACCUGGUGUCCCAGAUACUUGGAAUGAAAUUCUUUGUGCACAGGUUUAGCAAAUUGAAGAUGAUAUUUUGUGCGUUACAAGAACGUCACAAAAACAUCGUGAACAUGAUAUAUAUUGUUACUUGUUUCCCAGCUACGGAAAUGAACACGAGUAGACCAACUGUUCGGAUUUUAGGAGAGCUUAAGUAGUGAAAGAUUGGCGGGUGAUGAGUCGUUGAUUAGCUUCCGUUUUAGUGUGUUUAAGAAUAUUCUAAGUAAUUUUGGAAUCUAAUAAUAAGUAAAGUUUUUCUUUUACUU